AUGCAACCUGCUCCCGUCCCCCGCCCAUCGGGCGGUCGCGCCCGUGCAGCAGUGGAUCUUCACAGUCCUCAGCCUGCCGUGGAGGCAGCGCCAGCCGCACCUCCUGUCCUGCCCUUCCGUGUGGGCCAUGGCUGGGACCUGCACCGACUGGAGCCGGGGUACCCUCUGAUCAUCGGCGGCAUCGACAUCCCUCACGACAGGGGCUGCGUCGCCCACUCCGAUGGCGAUGUGCUGCUUCACACGGUAACCGACGCCAUCCUGGGGGCCCUGAGCCUGCCUGACAUCGGCCAGCUCUUCCCCGACACCGACCCGCAGUGGCGAGGCGCGCGCAGCGACAUCUUUCUGAGGGAGAGCGUGCGGCUGAUGGGCGAGCACGGCUACUCCCUGGGCAACAUCGACUGCACCAUCGUGGCGCAGCGCCCCAAGCUCUCGCCGCACAAGGAGACCAUCCGGGCCGCGCUCUGCUCGCUCCUGGGGGCGCACCCCUCAGUCGUCAACAUCAAGGCCAAAACGCACGAGAAGGUGGAUAGUUUGGGCGAGAACCGGAGCAUCGCCUGCCAUGCUGUGGUCAUGCUGUACCGACGAGACGAUGCCAAGCCGGCGCCUGCCUGA